UGGGGUGGCAAUUUGUCAGUAGCUUAGCCACGUUUGUUGGACCAAAACUGUUUGAUCACGGACUACACUAACAAUACCAUAUUCACCCAUUUUCUGCUUUCUUCAAUAGCCAUUUUUGUAAAAUAUUCUUCUCUCCUUCUCGUGAGCUCACAUGUAAAAUCGUUUUCGCAAAUGUAGUGUAACAUCUACCAGUCAUUACAGUUUUCACAUACUAUGCUAUCCCAAAGAGAAAUAAGCCAUAAUCAUAGCUGACUGCUAAAGAUAGAAAGAUAACUCCACCAGCCCCAUCGAGAGGAAGAAGGACAAGAAUGAGUAUUUCUCAGUUUCGAUCUAGAGUUUUGAGUUUUCUGAUUUCAGUUUCCUGUUUUCUGACAUGCUUAGGAAACAAUGACGUGCCUGUCCAGUUGAAUGAUGAUGUUCUUGGCUUGAUUGUGUUCAAAUCAGACCUUCAAGACCCUUCUUCUUAUCUUGCUUCAUGGAAUGAAGACGAUGCCAGUCCAUGUUCAUGGCAGUUCGUGCAGUGCAAUCCUCAGAGCGGAAGAGUUUCUGAGGUCUCAUUGGAUGGCUUGGGAUUAUCUGGGAAGAUUGGAAGAGGGCUUGAGAAGUUGCAGCAUCUUACGGUACUGUCCCUUUCUCAUAACAACUUGAGUGGGAGUAUCAGUCCAUCUCUUACUCUUUCAAAUACUCUUGAGAGACUCAACCUUAGUCACAAUUCUCUUUCUGGUUCAGUCCCUACUUCUUUUGUGAAUAUGAAUUCAAUAAAGUUUCUUGAUCUUUCUGAGAAUUCAUUCACGGGAUCAAUCCCUGAGAAUUUUUUUGAUACUUGUUCUUCCCUUCAUCACAUUUCUCUAGCUAGGAACAUGUUCGAUGGGUCGGUUCCUGGUUCACUGUCUAGGUGCUCCUCGUUGAAUAGCCUUAAUCUUUCCAAUAAUCGUUUCUCUGGUAAUGUGGACUUUAAUGGGAUUUGGUCACUGACCAGGCUUAGAACUUUGGAUCUAUCCAACAAUGCCUUAUCUGGGUCUUUACCUAAUGGAAUUUCAUCCAUACAUAACUUGAAGGAGAUCCUAUUACAAGGUAACCAGUUUUCAGGUCCUUUAUCCACUGAUAUUGGAUUCUGCCUGCAUCUGAGUAGGUUGGAUUUUAGUGAUAAUCAGUUCAGUGGAGAACUACCUGAUUCACUUGGGAGGCUUAGUUCUUUGAGCUAUUUCAAAGCAUCAAAUAAUUUUUUCACCAGCGAAUUCCCUCAAUGGAUUGGUAACCUUACCAGUCUGGAGUACCUAGAGCUUUCAAACAAUGAAUUCACUGGAAGCAUCCCACAGUCAAUAGGGGAACUGGGGUCACUGUCUCAUCUGGGAGUUUCAAGUAACAAGCUUGUUGGAACUAUUCCAUCAUCACUAAGUUCCUGCACGAAGUUAUCUGUGAUCCAUCUCAGAGGCAAUGGUUUCAAUGGCAGCAUUCCAGAGGGUUUGUUUGGCCUAGGAUUGGAGGAAAUAGACUUGUCCCGCAAUGAAUUGAGUGGCUCAAUUCCAGCAGGAUCUAGCAGGCUCUUGGAAACUCUAACCAGCUUGGAUCUUUCAGAUAACCAUCUCCACGGGAAUAUCCCUGCAGAAACUGGUCUUCUUUCAAAACUAAGCUAUUUGAAUCUGUCUUGGAAUGAUCUUCAAUCACAGAUGCCUCCAGAAUUUGGCCUCCUUCAGAAUCUAGCAGUUUUGGAUAUUCGAAACAGUGGCUUGCGUGGUUCAGUUCCAGCAGAUAUAUGCGACUCAGGCAAUUUAGCUGUCCUCCAACUAGAUGGAAAUUCAUUGCAAGGGAAUAUUCCAGAAGAGAUUGGGAAUUGCAGCUCUCUUUACUUGCUGAGUUUGUCUCACAAUAACUUGACUGGUUCAAUUCCGAAGUCCAUGUCAAAGAUAAACAAGCUAAAAAUCCUGAAACUGGAAUUCAAUGAACUAAGUGGAGAGAUACCAAUGGAGCUUGGAAUGCUUCAGAAUCUACUUGCUGUGAACAUAUCAUACAACAGGCUCACAGGCAGGCUUCCUACAGGUAGAACAUUUCAGAACUUGGACAAAAGUUCCUUGGAAGGAAACCUGGGUCUAUGCUCACCCUUGUUGCAGGGUCCGUGCAAGAUGAAUGUCCCCAAGCCACUGGUGCUUGACCCAAAUGCAUAUAACAACCAAAUAAGCCCUCAAAGGCAAAGAAACGAAUCAUCUGAGUCAGGAUCGGUCCACCGGCACAGGUUUCUUAGCGUAUCUGCCAUUGUAGCGAUAUCUGCAUCUUUUGUGAUUGUAUUAGGAGUGAUUGCUGUUAGCCUGCUUAAUGUUUCUGUGAGGAGAAGGCUAUCAUUUGUGGAUAAUGCUUUGGAAAGCAUGUGCUCAAGCUCUUCAAGAUCAGGGAGUCCAGCCACAGGAAAGCUAAUCCUGUUUGAUUCCCAGUCCUCACCUGAUUGGAUCAGCAAUCCUGAGUCCUUGCUCAACAAGGCAUCAGAGAUUGGAGAAGGAGUCUUUGGAACCCUCUACAAGGUUCCAUUGGGAUCACAAGGUAGAAUGGUCGCAAUCAAGAAGCUUAUAUCCACAAACAUAAUCCAAUAUCCAGAAGACUUUGACAGGGAGGUAAGAAUCCUGGGGAAAGCAAGGCACCCAAAUCUAAUAGCAUUGAAAGGAUAUUAUUGGACUCCUCAAUUACAGCUUUUAGUAACUGAGUUUGCACCAAAUGGUAGCUUGCAAGCCAAGCUACAUGAGAGGCUUCCUUCUAGUCCUCCUCUUUCUUGGCCUAUGAGGUUCAAAAUUUUGCUUGGAACAGCAAAAGGGAUUGCUCAUUUGCACCAUUCUUUCCGUCCACCAAUCAUCCACUACAACAUAAAGCCAAGUAACAUUCUGCUAGAUGAAAAUUGCAACCCCAAGAUCUCAGAUUUCGGGUUAGCUCGGCUUCUGACAAAGCUAGACAGGCAUGUGAUGAGCAAUAGGUUUCAGAGUGCAUUAGGAUAUGUGGCACCAGAAUUGGCGUGCCAGAGCCUAAGGGUGAAUGAGAAAUGUGAUGUGUAUGGUUUUGGGGUGAUGAUCCUUGAGCUGGUGACAGGUAGGAGGCCAGUGGAGUAUGGUGAAGACAAUGUGCUUAUACUGAAUGACCAUGUGAGGGUGCUGCUUGAGCAAGGUAAUGUGUUGGAGUGUGUGGAUCAAAGUAUGAAUGAGUACCCAGAAGAUGAGGUAUUGCCUGUUCUAAAGCUAGCAAUGGUAUGCACCUCUCAGAUUCCUUCUAGCAGGCCAACUAUGGCUGAAGUGGUGCAAAUACUGCAGGUCAUUAAAACACCAGUUCCUCAAAGGAUGGAAGUGUUUUGAUGCGAUAUGCUUCUCUGAUGAACUAGCUUGUCAUAUAGAAAAAUAUCUGUUAACUACUAAGAUUUUUUUUUUCUCUUUAUGUUGUGUAUCCUUUUCAUUUUCCUUAGUAGCCAUUUGGUUUAUGUUGAUUGUUCUUUUAAGUACAAGCAGAUUUUCCUCGUAUAAAUGGAAAUAUUGCUAUAUAAAUCCGUUAUUCUCAA